AUGUGAAAAUUCACCUGCAGAGAAAAACGUAGAUGGAAACAGAACACCGUUGAUGGACAUGCGUGCAGAGACGACAGAGACACUGAUAGAACAAGGUGACAUAUUAUUGACGGAGAAAGAGUUUGAAGAUUUUGGAAGUCUUACUCAUAUUGGACGAAGAAUAGUUGAAGUGAAAUACUUUUUUGAGCAAUUGCAGGAAAUAUCAUCUCACCCUUCGUUAUUCCAGUGCAAUCUCAGCCAUAUAAGUAUAGUUGGCGAAAAACGCAUUGGUCUGAUAUCGCAUUUUAGAUUGAAAUGUGAAUUAUGCGGCCAGCAUUUUAAAGUCACAUCUGAUUAUAAUAAAAAACAAACAAACCAAAUUGAUAUAAAUACUGCUGCAUGCUCGGGUAUAGUUGCUACUGGUGUAGGAUAUUCCCAAUUUGAAGAAAUGUGUAGCGCUAUGGAUGUGCCUAUAUUUACAGAAAAAUAUUUCGCCAAGAUCCAAGAUCAAGUUUUUGAAGAAUGGGAAGCCACCGCCGUAGAAGCUAUGGAAGUAGCAGCUAAACGGGAAAGAGAUGCCGCUUUUGCUGAAGGACGAGUAAAAGAUGGUUUACCAGUCAUUGACGUUUAUAUUGACGGUGCUUGGUCCGCACGAUCCUACGGAACAAAUUACAAGGCCCUUUCAGGAGUCGCUGCAAUAGUUGGGCGAAAAUUCGGUGAAGUACUCUUUAUAGGGGUAAAAAAUAAGUAUUGCCUUAUUUGUGCUCGAGCUGAAAAGAAAAAAGAAACUGCAAAGGAACAUGUUUGCCACAAAAAAGGUUCAUCCACUGGUAUGGAGGCUGCCAUUAUUGUUGAGGGUUUUAAAAAAUCAUUGGAGAUGUACGGAUUAAUCUAUGGAAAUGUAAUCGGAGACGGAGAUUCCUCCACGUACGCAAAAAUCGUGGCUGCAAACCCAUAUCCCAAUCACAUUGUAAGCAAAAUAGAAUGUCGAAACCACCUUUUGAGAAACAUGUGCAAGAAGCUUCGAACAAUCACAAAGAACACCAGGUACCCCAUUGGACACAGAAAACUAGUAACAGAAGAAAGAAUUAUGACCAUAAGAAAAGUUAUAACUUCAUCAAUCAAAGAAAAUAAGCAACAAAUUCACAAUCGAGACGAAUCUAUAAAGAAUAUUCAUGCGGACAUCUGCAAUCCAAUCAACCACGGUUUUGGCGACCACAGAUCUUGUAAGGAUUACUACUGUAAUAAAGACAAAUCUUUUGAAGACAGUGUUAUUCCGCAAAUUGAAAAUUCAGUUUUUUGGUUCAGAGUCAGAGUAAUUAUAAACUCAGUUGCUUCAAACUCGCGUAGCCUUUAUGAAGACGUAGACACAAAUACCGUGGAGCGGCUGAACAGCGUUAUAGCCAAAUUUGUCGGAGGGAAAAGAAUAAACUUUUCAUUUCGAAGGUCUUAACCAAUCCAAUCAAGAUGCUCCGCGGCAGUUGUGGCAUUCAAUUCAAAAAGACCGGUGUAUACGCUUCACAAAAAAAUGUUAGGGAAAAGUCCGAGGGGAAGUCUUAAAAAAAUGCAAGACAAAAGAGAUAAAAAAAGAUGUUUGACGAACCUUGCCACGCGAAAGAAAAAUAGGAAAAGAAAAAUAUUUGAGAAGCAGCAUGAUUACGGUGAAUCUGCAGCCGCCCCUGACAUGAAUGAAGAAGAAUUCAAAGACGCAGAAACGCAAUUUUUUGAGCGUUUGAAAGAUUUGGUAAAAGAUCGAGAUGCCAUUGAAAGAAAGACAGUGCUACAACGAGAUUCUAGCGAGUGGCUUGAGUUAAGAAAGCUGAUUUUGACUGCAUCCAA